GCUUGACAGCUCGUGGUAAAUAAAACGGAUCCGCGCAGACGUAUUUGCGCAAGGAUGGCAGCCUUCCUUGAGCCCACGCUGCCCGAGGAGGAGAGGGAGUUUCAGAAGAUUAUAUCUUUGAUCGGAGGUAAAGAGCGGAUUUAUUUGGUGAGCGAUACCUGUACAAGUAAAGAGGUCGACGCGGAUGACGCUGGAAUAUUGCAGGAGUUCAUCCGUGAAAUGUUCGCCAACAGCAGCCCGGCGAACAACAAUGGACAGACUCAACCCGCUCCGUUAAACAGUCACGGAGAGACUUCCAGUGUGAACCCCAUUUGCGGCAAGCCAGAGGGUGUUAAAAGCAAUGACAUGCCUUUAAUAGCGAGGCCCAAGGAUUUGGAUUUGAGAGCAUGUCCGGGGGAAGAGGACGGGGACAAGGUGAAGAAGCCAACGCUCGGUGGCAACGCUCAGAGAACAGCAACAAGGAGGGCGAACAUUUACAGCCGAAAGCGAACCAUAGACUCUCCUGUCAUCAUAUUCAUCUUCAGACAGACAUUUAUCAGCAAACAAUCCAACGAACUGUGCUUAAAAGAGACACUGAAGGACGUAAAGGCGCGCACGAAACGUGCCAGAAACGCCCGACCAGCUCUGAUUGGAUUAAUACGCACUAGAGAGGAGAGCGCCGAGACUCACCAGUGUGCGCAACUGCUAGAGCGCCUGAUCCGCUCAGUGUUCCACAAACAGUCACCAGAGACUGUAUGGGUCGGCAGUUUCAUCCCGAAGACAGAGGCCAAAAUGCUCAGCAUCAAGAAAAACGCCUGCAAAGUUAUAUACUCAUCUCAAACAGCAGAUAAUACCGGGGAUAGAGGGAACCAGCUUUUCUGGCCAUUCCAAUGUUUGUUCUGGGCUCGGAGAAGAGGCCAGGCCACCAACUCCUCAACCGACAGGCAAAGAGGUGACACUGGAAGUAAAGAGGAAGGCAUCCCUCUGAAAAUCAGCUCGUUGUCUGCUGGACCUCAUGUGAAUGGAGAGUCAGCUGGAGGAGACGGCUGAUGUCAUGACACAUGGCCUGCAGACAAUCCUGUUUUAACUGUGAAGAAAGGGUUAGCCUCACGCUGAUAGAGCCUUACUACAUGUUACAGUGUUUCUUCAUAGUGCUCAAUAAUCCCACUGCUGAGCUAUCAUGAUUGUUGUCAAAUCCGUCCUGCUGAUUUACACAUCGUCUCUGAUGCACAAUGCUAAAAUGUAUUUAAUGUGUAUGUUUGGGCUGACUCUUAUUCAGUCAUAUGAACUGUAUUGCAUCAUUUAACACCACUUUUGAGACCUACAGAGAGAUUUGUCUGUUAUUUUAGUACAUGUUGAGACCACAGUAUGGAUAGUUUAAAGCAAAAGCUCAUGACAUAAUUAGGCCUACACCAUUAACAUGAUGCAUAGAACAGGGCUGGAUUGCCAACUGGUUCUUAGAACUCCAGUGGUUUCAAAAGGCUUAUUGAAUGUUAUUUGGAAGAUACAUCAACAGUCAUAAUAAGGGUCUUAAGUGAGUCUUCAUUAAUAGAGACCAAGCAGCUUCUUUUUCCCGCUGAGGUGCCUCAGAAUGUCAAUCCAGCGAUGAUGAAAUACUGUGAAUCUUUUCUCCUUUUUCAUGUUCAUUUAUUAGAAUGAUGUGCCUUAGAUGAUUGCUAAUGACAAAAGCAUUAUCUGCAAUAGAAGUGGAUGAAACUACUUUUCACAUUUUAUGUAUUUAUGUAGGAUAUUCAUUUGUAAAUAAACACAUAUAAGCUUUUGUGAGUGUGCAGCUCUCUUUAUAUGGACAUUUACUGU